AUGGACGUUGUUGAGCAGAAGAGAACUGCCCAAGCAGAGGGCACUCACUCUCAGGCUGAUGGCGAGUCCGAUAUCGAUGCAUACAGUCGCGCGUUCGACAUCAUCCCUAACAGAUACUCGGCAUCGGCACUCGAGCUGUUCCUUGUCCAGAAGGGAUUGAUGGAGGGACGGAGUUUGAGCACAACAUGGGGCAUCUUCUCCGCAUUCAAGGAUAUGUGGAAGAAUGCAUACAUCUCGUCUAUUUCUGUGCAUGCGUUCAAGGCCUCAGGACUCCACGGCACUGGGGUGGUCACAGGAAACCCAGCCUUGUCCACGGCUGCACAGGAUAUGAUGGAAGUCCUCAAGAACAACGAGGGUGCCGAAGGUGGAAGCAGAAAUCACGCAUCGGCCAUGACCAUCGAGGACAUGCAGAAACUCAUGGCCUGGUCCUAUAGCCAGUGUCCAGAUGGAAUUGUCAGCCACAUUCGCCAGUCCGUUGAAGGCAGGUCAACCCUUGACGUGGCUGACGUGAUUCUGGCCCAGCUGGCACCUCAUGGUGCGCGCAUUCUCGACAAGCAGGAAUCACGAUCUGGACACUGCCUGAAGACCCCCGAAAUCUGUAUGUUCACACACCUGCGAGCUUGGGUGAGUUUCCUGGAGGAGGUACUUCUCCAACGGCCCUUGCAACCUGAAGAGUACAUCUUUCCGCGUGUCGGUGCAAAUGGUGUCGUCUACCCUUCCGACGAGCUGUCCUACGACGCUGUCAUGAAGACACUGACCUGGAUUUGUGCCAAGGCUGGGCUGACAGUCAGGUACACUAGCCAUUGCUUCCGCCGAGGUGGUGCGAGGUAUCGGUUUAUGUUCGCACCCCUCGGAGAGCGCUGGUCACUAUCUACGAUACGUUGGUGGGGUGCGUGGGCUGAAGGCGAAAGCGUCGAUACGCUGAUACAGUACCUUCUGGACGAGCUCACCCGAUACAAGAAAAAUCACCGGGACGCGCUGUGCCCAAUUCCUCGGGAAGGCAACAAAAGCUUCAACGGCGACCACAUUUUGACAGCACCCAUCACCGCAGCGGAAACACGCGAACUCAAGAUGUCAUUUGAUCGCGAACUGAACCGCCUGUCUGGUAAAGUCGAGGAAGUCCUAGACAAACUAACUCUUUCUCCGGCCUCAUCCCCUUAUCCCUCACUCUUGCCGUCACCUUCACAACCUCCAAUCUCGGUCCAACCAACCAUGUGCCAUCAGGCCACCCAUCCACCCUCUUUGCUGAGCAGCACAGAAACUUCUUCGAUACCCAGCCCGGUUCCUGUAGCCUCAACUUCUUCUCCCUUUCCUCGCAUCAUACCCGUGCUGCAGGUGCCUCCCUCUGACCACCGUCAGCAUAGCCGCGGUGCAGCAAAAAAGACGGCUCCCAUCCCCGGCGUCGGAAUCCCUGACCUCCCACGUGGACAAGAGGCAUGGCUAGCUGCUGUAAAGCAGUGGGAGGAUCCUGCAGCAUCCAUUGGCGGCAAGGCACUGAAAGAUUGGCCGGAGGAGUGGUACACUGGCCCUAUGCGUACAAUCACUGGCGUGAAGCGGAACAUCCGCAAGGUUCAGAAGCGGCACCCGACUGUUUGCAACUCAAACACUUCCUCUAAACAGGCUGCAGCGGGACCAUCAAGUUUUUCUGGAAGCAUACCCUGA